UCCUUUUUUUCUAAUUAUUUAAUCAUAAUUAAUGUGUUCAAGUCCCACCCCUAUUUUCAAUUAUGUCAUCCUAUUGUGAUGUAUAUGACUAAAAUAUUGCAUAUUUCGUAAAAUAAUAAUCAGUGUUAUCAGUGUUAUUUUGUAAAUGUCCCAGUCUCUAACUGACCCAGACCUGGAGGAUCUUCUACAACACAACCAGGAAUCAGAUGUAUUAAAUAAGCACAAACAUCCAUACGAUAAAUGUUCUGUUGAUGGUACAAAGGAUCAGGCAUAAGGACCACAACACCACAACAUCAACAGGUCACCAGGGGACAUGUUUAAUUGUAAUCAGAACUAUAACAACAAAGAAAAAAAGAUUAAAUUCAAUUCAAUUCAAAAAAUACUUUAUUAAGCCCAGAGGGAAAUUGAUUGCUGUAGUAGCUCAGAAUAAUAAUAAUAAUCAAGUCAUCAAAGCGUUAUUGUAUAUUGCAAUGGCUGUUGGCAGGAAGGAUCUCCAGUAGCGGUCAGUGUUGCAGCGAAACUGAAGAAGCCUCUGACUGAAGACACUCUUCCGUUGUCGGACAGUCUUGUGAAGAGAAUGCUCAGGGUUGUCCAUAAUUUUCUUGAUUCUCUGGAGAAUCCUCCUUUGCAUUAUCUCCUCCAGUGGUCAAUCAGCUGCUCCCGAUGUUAAACCAGCUUGUUGCCAUGGUUACGCAUCAUAACACAUGUUCAAAAACUGAAAAAAGCUAAAAAAAAUAGCAGUAAAAAUCCUCCAAGCUUCACAGCACCAGAAACAGAAAAGUAAAGUGUCCAAAAAAUAAGUUUUUCUUGAGAAACUAGAAGAAAAAAUGUCCAAGAAAAGGCAUAACUUACAUAUAGUCAACAGAGCUAAUCCAACAUGCAGCCGCACAGAGCAGUGCAGUUCCGGGAGAACAAAAAAAAUAAUGAUAAUAAUGGUCAGGGAAACGGAAUCUACCAGCAUCAGCUUCCUUUGAUGAUGUCAUAAAGGGCACAGUCCUAUAUAAAGGGCAAACAUAAAGCAGGCACACAGACAGCUUCAUUUGCAGAUUGGUUUUAGACCUGAACAGACCUACAAUGGCUACUGGUGGACCACACGAGGGAAACAUGGAGGUAUUUUCAGACACAUAUGAAGCUGAAUUAGACCAAAGAUAUGAGAUUUUACAAAGAGAAUUACGAGAUCUGGAAGUCAAAAAACUAGUUUUUGGUAACCAGGAACGCGACUUUGAACAAAGGGUGGAUGCGUUUGAGAAAAACAUAGCUUGCAUCAGGGAAAGUCUCCAAGAGGAAAGACAGAAAUUGGAAACAAAAACGCAGGAUCUGGAGAAAAGAGAAUGCCACUUUGAGGAUCAACAAAAGAAACUAACGAAUCAUGUUGAUGAACUAAAGACUAGCUCUCAGAAAGGAAGAGAUAAUUUUGUUUCAACUCAGUUACUCGACGAACACAGAGUAAAGAUUGAGUUGGAAAACAGGGAACUGCAGAAACAAAGACAAGAAAUUCAAGAUGAGUGGAAUAAGAUUAAAGAAACUCAAAUUGCAAAUUGUGAGAUGGCCAAAAACUUGAAUAAGACACAAGAGAAAGUCAGAGAUUUAUGGAAAGCUUUACAGGUAAGCGAAGAGAGAUCAACAGAAGAAAUUAGUAACUUGAAAAGAGAUCUGGAAAGACAGAAAUUAGAGUUUAUCGAAUCUAAGGAACAAACAGAAAGGGAGUUAACUGCAGAAAAGCAGGCUCUCCGCGAUGAGAAGGAGCGUUUAAACGCUGGGAAAAUUACUCUACAGAACCAGAUCGUUGAGUUUCAGACUGAAUCAGAGCAGAUCCGACAGAUUCUGCUCAAAGACAAACUAGAUGUUCAACUUCUGAGAGAAAAUCUGCAGGAGGACAAAUUGGAGGUAAUGAAAACAGCAGAAGGGUUUGUGAAAGAUUUCAACGAAAGUUUACAGGAUUUGAAGGAGAAGCUGGAAUUUCUGAGUCUUGAGAAGAGAAGUCUGGAGGAAGAAAAACAACGUUUCCUGAUGACCAAGUCAGAAUCAGAGCAGGAACAAGGGAGGCUUUACAAAAUCCUCGAGGAAGAAUUAGACAAUUUGCAUUUGGGAAAACAAAGUCUGGAAACACAAGUGAUGGACUUUAGGGAAGAAAUUGCUGCAGCAGGUAAGAUCUUAAAAGAGAAGGAAACUGCUCUAGAAGAAGGGCUGGAGGGUCUGAGACUUCAGAGAGAAACUCUGGAGGAAGAAAAGACAAAUUUCCAGCUAACAAAGUUCAGAUCGGAAGAGGAGAAUAAGGGAAUACAGGCUUACCUCCAACAAGAGCUGAAAAAAUUACGAGUUGGGCAACAGAGUCUAGACAAACAGAUGAUGGAGUCUGAACAGAGAAACAUAAACUCAGAGCAGAUCAUUCAAGACAUUCGACGGGUUCUUCAGGAAGAGAGAGACUGUUUAGUAAUGCUCCGACAAAACCUGGAGGAAGAGAAACAACGUUUCCUGAUAACUAAGUCAGAAUCAGAGCAGGAACAAGGGAUGAUUUACAAAUUCCUCCAGGAAGAAUUAGACAAUUUGCGUUUGGGAAAACAAAGUCUGGAAACACAAGUGACGGACUUUAGGGAAGAAAUUGCUGCAGCAGGUAAGAUUUUAAAAGAGAAAGAAACUGCUCUAGAAGAAGGGCUGGAGGGUCUGAGACUUCAGAGAGAAACUCUGGAGGAAGAAAAGACAAAUUUCCAGUUAACAAAGUUCAGAUCGGAAGAGGGGAAUAAGGAAAUACAGGCAAAAGAGCUGGAAAUAUUCCAAAUUAGGCAACAAACUCUCAUCAAACAGAUGACAGACUCUGAAGAGAGAAACAUAAACUCAGAGCAGGUCAUUCAAGACAUUCAACGGGUUCUUCAGGAAGAGAGAGACUGUUUUGUAACGCUCUCACAAAACCUGGAGGAAGAGAAACUAGAGUUUAUGGAAAAAAGGGAAGCAGAAACUCACCUUUUAAAGGAGAAACAACAAGCUCUGGAAGAAGGGGUUGAACUUUUGACUCAAGAGGUAAUUAAUUCUUUGGAAGCGAGAAUGGAUGAAAUUGACAGACAUGUUGGACAAUGUUUCCAGCUUCUUCAAGAGGAAGAGGGGGGUUUAGAUCAGAUUGUGCAGGAGCUGGAAGCAGCAUUUUUAAAUGUCGAAGACGAGCAGCCACCUGUGGAGGACGAGUCAGACAGUCCCACAGCUGCGUCUGAAGAUCUGGGGGAACUGAAUUUAGAAAAAACUGUGACUACCCAUGUACCCAGUGACGGGAACCCAACUCUUCAUGGUCCUCAUGAUGAUGAUGAUGUCAGGGAACUGAGUUUAGAAAAAACAAAGACAAAUUCAGAGGAGGAGCAUGAAGAAAAGUAUGAAUGCUUCCUAGAUGAGUUCCAGUAUUUAGAAGCUGGGAAUCAGAGUUUAGAAGAACAGAAGAUGGACUCUCAAGAGAAUGAAAAAGAUUCAGCCCAGAUUCAUCAGGAGGUGCAAACUCUGGCUGACCAUGUCUUGGGAACUGGAUACCUGUUGGGUACCCAGUACCUUGGUACCCAGCAAUGGGUUAGAGGGCACUUGUUACUUGGUACCCGAUACAGGGGCCCCUGCUACGCAGUAUGUCCUCAUAAUGAUGAAACACAAACGAUUGAACUAAGGGAAGAAAUGCAGAAAGCAUCUUUAAACGUCGAAGACGAGCAGCCACCUGUGGAGGACGAGUCAGACAAUCCCACAGCUGUGUCUGAAGAUCUGGGGGAACUGAAUUUAGAAAAAACAGUGACUACCCAGGUACCCAGUGACGGGAACCCAACUGUUCCCAGUCUUCAUGAUGAUAACGACGAGCUUCCAGAGAACCCCGGGCCUGCCCAUGGGAGCGCUGAAGAAGAAUGGGAGGCUGAAGAAGACUGGGAGGCUGAAGAGCCAACGUCUUCUACAUCUGGCCUAGGAUCCAGCUGGGACUAAUCCGACUUCUACUAGAGACGACUUCUUCCAGAACACCAAUGAAGAUCAGAAAAGCAUAUAAAAGUGAAGUAGGGAGCUUGGCAUGGGUUUAGAUUUUUUAAAACUAGGAAACAGAGAAUUUGAAUCAGGAAAACGUAAAAUUUUCAGAGAGAAGAAACUGAAUGGGUGAGAGAGUAGAUGCUGCAGACCUGCAGGAACAGGAUUGCAGGCAGAGGAAAUAAUACGAACAGCCAAUCUAAAUUUAGUAAGUAGUAACACACAGUAACACGAGGGAUUAAACAAAGGCUCAAAGUUUAGAAGAGCAGAAAAUUAACCUGUAGUUCUUCAAGAGCUUCUGCAGGAGGAAAUAGGAAUGGGUUAAAGAUUUUAGCUCUAACAAUUACGCUUAUCAGAGCUUCUAGUUUCCGUAGACUAAGAGUCAAUACCUUAGAUGGGUUGGCUCUUGAUUUAAAAUGCCACUACAUUAGAGAGUUUUUACACUAUGUGUCUAGGAUGUAGCUUCUUCCACCAACAGGUACUAAAAUACAAACGAAGAAAAAAAAACGCAGCACAGGUGACAUCUCAACCGAUCAAAUCAUUUCUGUGUCUCCGUGUGCUGCGUGGGGGUUUUCUCUGGGUGCUCCAGUUCACCCCCAACACAAAAUCCUAAAAUCCUGACAUGUUAAGCCUAAUUUAUACUUCUCCGUCAUCGCCACGAGGGAGAGGCACGCUCGCACGGACGGAGACAAUUUGCCCUAAGACUUCUCCGUCUCCUGGGGAGUGUUGCAAAGCAAUUCCCCGCUAGGACAUUUAACCCUCUCAGGCUCAAAAUAAGUGGGGCCGACUGGAGCUGUCUGAGCAGGGCCGACCAGGUACAGAUGGGAAUGGCCCAUAAGAGUCAAUACCUUAGAUGGGUUGGCUCUUGAUUUAAAAUGCCACUACAUUAGAGAAUUUUUACACUAUGUGUCUAGGAUGUAGCUUCUUCCACCACCAGGUACUAAAAUACAAACGAAAAAAUUAACACAAAAAAAAUAAAUAAACGCAGCACAGGUGACAUCUCAACCGAUCUAUCCAUUUCUGUGUCUCCGCGUGCUGCGUGGGGUUUUUCUCUGGGUGCUCCAGUUCACCCCCAACCCCAAAUCCUAAAAUCCUGACACGUUAAGCCUAAUUUAUACUUCUCCGUCAUCGCCACGAGGGAGAGGCACGCUCGCACGGAUGGAGACAAUUUGCCCUCAGACUUCUCCGUCUCCUGGGGAGUGUUGCAAAGCAAUUCCCCGCUAGGACAUUUAACCCUCAAAAUAAGUGGGGCCGACUGGAGCUGUCCGAGCAGGGCCGACCAGGUACAGAUGGGAAUGGCCCAUAAGAGUCAAUACCUUAGGUUGGCUCUUGAUUUAAAAUGCCACUACAUUAGAGAAUUUUUACACAAUGUGUCUAGGAUGUAGCUUCUUCCACCACCAGGAACUAAAAUAUAAAGAAAAAAAUUACCCAAAAAAAAAAACGCAGCACAGGUGACAUCUCAACCGAUCAAAUCAUUUCUGUGUCUCUGUGUGCUGCGUGGGGGUUUUCUCUGGGUGCUCCAGUUCACCCCCAACCCCAAAUCCUAAAAUCCUGACACGUUAAGCCUAAUUUAUACUUCUCCGUCAUCGCCACGAGGGAGAGGCACGCUCGCACGGAUGGAGACAAUUUGCCCUCAGACUUCUCCGUCUCCUGGGGAGUGUUGCAAAGCAACUCCCCGCUAGGACAUUUAACCCUCUCAGGCUCAAAAUAAGUUUUGAUAAAAGGACGAA